AUGCGUGCGGCCACGGAAAGUGCCUCUUACGCCUCAGCAGCAGGCGAUUCGUCGCAUGUUGUCGUGAAUUCUCCACGUGGUGAGUCACCACGUGCGACAGGUACAUCCGUUGCGUCUACAGCGGGUGCCUCGAAUCGUAAUCCAGAUGAUUCUAGAAUAGAGCUUAUCUAUUCUGGAGAGUCAAUUGCAUCAUCCGACUCGAAGGCGACUCCUCACGCCUCGGGAUCACCCGGGGCGGACGCUGCAAAAGCCAGGCUGACUGGCUCUGGUCAGCGCGGCAGCAUCAUGUCCGAGAUCUUCGGAUCGAGUGAUUAUUCCAAAGAAUCUCAGCCUCACACAAGUCCAUCCAACCACAGGACGCGUGAGGAUGGUGGUGACGCACCUAUGCAUCACCACGAGCGAAGAAACUCGAGGGAUCGAGGCGUCACUGGUGUCAGUGCUCACGCUGGCACCAAUCAAGAGGUCAGGGACCAAAACGUCCUGCGCCACGCUCCUCAAGUAGAGUUUCCGUGGAUGCCUUCAUCUAGAGAGUUGGACCGGCUAGCCGGCAUAACUAACGAACGGGAUCGAAUCCUAUUGUUCGAUUGCAGGAAGAUUUGCCCUCCUGAUUCCAGCACGGAAACUAUCCGUGCUGAGGAAGAGUUCUUCACUGAUGCGUUCUUCAAACAUCGUUGGUACAAUGGCAGCCGUGUUCGAGACGGCAAAGCCUUGGUGCAAGCAUGUAAUUCCCUCAUUCAUGACAUCGAGUGA